AUGCCAGCCCGGAUUCGAGUCAUCGGCUCCUUGAAUGCCGACAUGGUCACAGUGACCCCGCGCUUCCCCGGGCCAGGAGAAACUCUCACAGCGAGAUCCUUCAACACCAGCGCAGGUGGCAAGGGCGCAAACCAGGCCGUGGCCUGUGGCCGCCUUUCCCGCUCACAGCCUAGAUCGUCGACCAGUGAUACCCAGGAUGAGGAGAUUUAUGUUGAAAUGAUCGGUGCCGUGGGCCGCCAGGAUUCGUAUUUCUCUACUCUCUUGAAACCAACUCUAGAACAGUCUGGUGUGGAUAUUGCGCGGAUUAGGGAAGUGGAUGGUGUGCAUACAGGCAUCGCCGUGAUUGUUGUUGACAGUUCGGCUGGUGGCGAGAAUAGGAUUUUGCUCUCUCCAGGUGCCAAUUACGCGGGGAUGCAGCCUACAGCAGAGCUUUUGGACUCAGUACUGUCGCCUCCUCGACCAGAUGUGGUGGUGGUGCAGGCAGAGAUCCCACUGACGACGGUGGUUGAAGUUCUGAGGCGGGCCGGGCGUCAAAAGGAGCAACUACGCAAAGAAGGUGUCAAGGGCGUGGAUGGAGAGGUCGAGGUUGUGUUUAACCCCGCUCCGGCUCCAGAGGGCGGCCUACCUACAGACGUAUAUGCGGCAAUUGACCAUUUGAUCAUGAACGAAACGGAAUGUGAUAUUAUGGCGCCGAAGGAGCUGAGGGAUAUCUCUGAGCCAGAAGAACGCAGGGGCCAGAUCGCAAAACAUUUCCAUAGCUUAGGUGUACGGUAUGUCAUAGUUACACUGGGCUCGGAGGGAGUAUGGUAUAGUGCAGCUGAUGUGGGCAGCAAGGCCCAAGACGACGUCAAAACGUGGAUUCGCUGCAUUAAUCAUAUUCCUGCCGCAAAAGUGGAAAAGGUUGUGGACACCACGGGUGCGGGAGACACCUUCGUGGGCGGCUAUUCGGUGCAAGUGGCUCGAUGGAGAGAGCAGAGACGGUUGCUUGGGAAGGCCAACGAAUGCCUUACAGAUGAUGAGCGGAGAGAACGGUAUCACAAAGGAAUUGAAGAGGCAAUUCGAACGGCGGUCCGGGCUUCGGCCCAGUGUGUUCAGCGGCAAGGAGCCAUGGAUAGCAUUCCAUGGAAGGGAGAGAUCUGA